ACCAAAACUCUGUCGCUCUCAGUGAGUCGUCCAGUCACUCGGGCCAGCAAACCACACUCACACAGACACGGAGGAUAGCACACACAGAGGACAAGACACACAGAGGACAGGACACACGGAGGACAGGACAGAAAGAGGACAGGACAUAAAGGCAGCAGACUGUACAGUUAAUUCUGGGCCUCUUCUGAGGGAGGAUCUCCUGGAUCUACUGGAUCUACUGGAAGACAACCCAGAUUAGAUCUCAGAAGAUCUCAGAAGAUUAAAACCUCCAAACCUCCAGUUUGCUGCUAGCAGGAGGAAUCCACUAGCAAGCCAAUCAACAAGAAGCAAACGAAUCACAGACUGGGUUCUAUGGGAGGUCUGUUGUGUGUGAACGACACAAAGAUGAUGAUGAAAGAGAGAGGAGCCACUGCUCUGAGAAGCUACUCCGUUGGUUUAACAAGAAGCUGACGGUCUAAAAGCUGCAGACCUCAGUAAGGUAGCUGGACCAUCAGUCAGAGAAGAGGACAGAAUCUGAAUAGUUUGUCAGAGCUGAUUAUUAUCCCGGAGGACGUUUCUCUUCCCUUCUUUCUCUUGUUCUCCAGACUGUAUCUCUCCAUCUCACCAACCGAUCUCUCUCUGCCCUGCUAUCACUCAGAGAGACAAACACACUUACAGUCAGAACUGGCUAUGUCUGUGUCAAUGAAAAUGGCGAUGGAUGCACUGUGUGUGUCUGACGGCGUUGGGUCGGGGGUCGGGAGUCGUGUGAGGUCCGACAGCACCUCCAGCACGGCGUCCCAAGGGUCAAAGGGUAGACUGCUGCUCCGACAGCGCCUGUCCCAGCUGCUGACCUGUGUAGAGGACCUGAGCUCUGAUGAUGAGGCUAACGAGGAACUGUCCCGCACUCUGGACGAAGCCUUUCAGCUCUGUGGACGCCCCCGAGACACCUUCAGGCUGCACAUGGUCACAUGGAAUGUGGCGACAGCAGAGCCUCCUGGUGAUGUCACUUCCUUGCUGCAGCUGGACGCCCAGCCUGCCACAGACCUCUACGUGAUUGGUCUUCAGGAGGUAAAUGCAGCUCCUUUGAGGUUUCUGUCAGACCUGCUGGUAGAAGACUCUUGGAGCCACCUACUGAUGAACACACUGGCCAGUAGGGGAUACAUCAAGGUAUCUUCAGUGAGACUGCAGGGGUUGUUGCUGUUGUUCUUCUCCAAGCAGGUUCAUGUCCCCUUCAUCAGAGAUAUCCAGACUACCUACACACGCACCGGCAUCUUCGGGUACUGGGUAUGGAGCUGA